AGUGGAUGUUGCCUGUUCUGGAGAAAUGACCACAAGGUAUUUGGUUCCUAAUCUGCAUCUGGAAGAGUGAGAAUUCUUGGACAACAGACAGCAAGUCCAGCUGAACCUGCUGCACGAGUGGUGAACUUGUGCACUCCCCUGGAGAAGCCGGCAAACUACACCACGGGCCAAUCCCGGAGCUCCGAAUGAGCUACUGAACAAACCAGCUCUUAAUUCAUUUGGUGGGAUCAGUGUCUGCACGUGACUAGCCGUCUCAACGUACAGCACAAUAUGCAGAGAUGAACAGCAGGCCACCAUUAGCCCGGGAUGGACCAGUCUAGUCCAAUUAUUGCAGACUCGGUUUCUUUACAUUCCCCAUAUCCUAGCAUAAUGCUUCAAAAACCCAAAGAACACAAGCAUCCAGCAUAUCAAGCAUCAAUUGUGAGGAUGUGUCUGCAGGAGGAAAACCCGGAGUUUAGGAAAGAAAUGGGAUCUGGUCCCCUGUUCUGGCCUGGAACUGAAACCUUCGGUUCAGGAUUCUGUGACACCUUCAAUAUUGACACCAAAAGGCCGCGAAUCAUACCAGGCUCUAGAGAAGCGUACUUUGGCUACACGGUGCAGCAGCAUGAAAUCGCUGGGAAGAAAUGGCUGGUGGUGGGAGCCCCUUAUGAAACCAAUGGACAGCUGAAGACUGGAGACGUCUACAAGUGUCCGGUGAAUGGCGAGACUAACGGAAACUGCACCAAACUCAACCUAGGAAGAGUAACACUCUCCAAUGUGUCAGAGCGCAAAGAUAACAUGCGUCUUGGCCUGAGUCUGACCACAAACCCCAAGGACAAGAGCUUUCUGGCUUGCAGCCCUCUCUGGUCCCAUGAGUGCGGAAGCUCUUACUAUACCACAGGAAUGUGCUCCCGGGUGAACUCCAACUUCAGAUUCUCGAAGACCAUAGCUCCUGCUCUCCAGAGAUGCCAAACAUACAUGGACAUAAUCAUCGUUCUGGAUGGAUCGAACAGCAUAUAUCCCUGGGUUGAAGUGCAACAUUUCCUGAUAAACAUCUUGAAAAAGUUUUACAUUGGGCCUGGUCAGAUACAGGUUGGAGUUGUUCAGUAUGGAGAAGACGUCGUGCAUGAAUUUCAUUUAAAUGACUACAGGUCUGUAAAAGAUGUGGUGGAAGCAGCUAGUCACAUAGAGCAGAGAGGAGGUACAGAAACCAGGACAGCAUACGGGAUAGAAUUUGCUCGCUCAGAAGCCUUUCAGAAAGGUGGGCGAAAGGGAGCAAAGAAAGUGAUGAUUGUAAUAACCGAUGGGGAAUCCCAUGACAGCCCGGACCUGGAGAAGGUGAUUGAAAACAGUGAGAAGGACAAUGUCACCAGAUAUGCUGUGGCAGUUCUGGGGUAUUAUAAUAGAAGAGGAAUCAAUCCAGCAGCAUUUUUGAAAGAAAUAAAAUUUAUAGCAAGUGAUCCAGAUGACAAGCACUUCUUUAAUGUCACAGAUGAAGCGGCACUUAAGGAUAUUGUGGAUGCACUGGGAGAGAGGAUAUUUAGUUUGGAAGGUACCAACAAAAAUGAAAUCUCCUUUGGACUUGAAAUGUCCCAGACUGGAUUUUCAUCACACAUUGUGGAAGAUGGGAUUUUGCUUGGGGCCGUAGGAGCGUAUGACUGGAAUGGAGCAGUGCUCAAAGAAACCAGCAGUGGAAAAGUCAUUCCUCAUAGGGAAUCGUAUCUCCAGGAAUUCCCGGAGGAGCUGAAGAACCAUGGAGCAUACCUAGGUUACACCGUCACCUCAGUGAUGUCUCCAAAGCAUGGAAGGAUUUAUGUAGCAGGAGCUCCCAGGUUCAACCACACUGGGAAAGCAAUUAUUUUCACAAUGCACAGCAACAGAAACCUAACUAUUCACCAGUCUUUGAAAGGAGAACAGAUUGGCUCCUACUUUGGGAGUGAAAUAAAUUCCAUCGACAUUAAUGGAGACGGGAUGACAGAUAUUUUGUUGGUUGGUGCCCCCAUGUACUUCAGCGAAGGCAGAGAGAGGGGGAAGGUGUACGUCUACGUUCUAAAAGAGGACCGGUUUGUUUUCAACGGAGCUCUGAAAGAUUUGCAGAGCUACCAGAAUUCUAGAUUUGGCUCUUGCAUUGCCUCUGUCCGCGAUCUGAAUCAAGACUCCUACAACGAUGUUGUCAUUGGUGCUCCUUUGGAAGAUGACCACCAAGGAGCAAUAUAUAUCUUCCAUGGCUUCAAAGAAAACCUCCUGAAGAUGUAUAAGCAGAGAAUAGCAGCCGCAGACCUUCUUCCAGGCCUGAUGUAUUUUGGAUGCAGUAUCCACGGACAACUAGAUCUAAAUGAAGAUGGCCUCAUAGACCUAGCAGUCGGCUCCCUUGGAAGUGCUGUGCUCUUAUGGUCCCGCAGUGUUGUCCAGGUCAAUGCCAGCAUUAGGUUUGAACCAUCCAAAAUCAACAUCUUUAACAAAGACUGCAAGCGAAAUGGGAAGGAUGCCACCUGCAUGUCUGCAUUUGUCUGCUUCACUCCAGUCUUCCUCUCCGCUCAUUUUCAGACGGCAAGUGUGGGAUUAAAAUACAAUGCAACCAUUGACGAGCGAAGGUACACGCCACGGGCUCAUCUGGAUGAAAACAGCGACCGGCACACUCAUAGGUUGGUCACAUUGUCUGCAGGACAAGAACACUGUGACAAGCUAAAUUUUCACGUCUUGGACACAGCAGACUAUGUGAAGCCUGUGACAUUUUCAGUCGAAUAUGGGCUGGAGAAUCCCGACUAUGGUCCCAUGAUGGAUGAUGGCUGGCCAACUGCAUUUAAAGUCUCUGUGCCUUUCUGGAAUGGAUGCAAUGAGGACGAACACUGUGUCCCUGAUCUGGUCCUUGAUGCUAAAAAUGAUAUUCCAACUGCCACGGAGUAUUGCAGAAGAGUACUGAGAAAGUCACCGUCGGAUUGCGCCGCCUACACACUAUCUUUUGAUACCUCCGUUUUUAUCAUAGAGAGCACGAGGAGGAGGGUGGCUGUAGAAGCUACACUGGAGAACAAAGGCGAAAAUGCAUACAGCACUGUCCUAAACAUUUCCUUCUCGAGAAAUCUGCAGUUUGCUAGCUUGAUUCAGAAGGAUGAUACAGAUGUCAAUAUUGAAUGCAUGAAUGAAGAAAAGCGCCCCAACAAGAAGGUGUGCAAUGUUAGCUACCCCUUCUUCCGAGCCAAAGCAAAGGUGGCUUUUCGCCUGGAUUUCGAAUUCAGCAAAUCUAUUUUUCUUCAAAGCAUGGAGAUCUAUCUAACUGCCAACAGUGACAGCGAAGAACAAGAAAGUACCAAAGAGGAUAACGCGGCUCUCCUGAAUUUUCACCUGAAAUACGAAGCCGACCUCCUUUUCACCAGGAGUUCAAGUCUGGACUAUUAUGAAAUCAAGUCAAACAGCUCCCUGGAGAGGUACGACAGCAUCGGCCCUCCCUUUAAUUGCACAUUUAAGCUGCACAAUCUGGGGUUCUUUCCUGUCGACGGCGUGACUAUCAAAAUCACAAUCCCAGUAGCCACAAGAGGAGGGAAUCGCCUUCUGCUGCUGACUGAUUUCAUUGUGGAUCAGGAAAACACGACGUGUAAUAUCUGGGGAAACAACACUGAUUACAGAAGGACACCCGCUGAGGAGGACCUUUCCCGUAACCUACAACUGAACCACAGUAACUCAGAUGUCGUGUCCAUUGACUGUAAUGUGAAAUUAGCAUCCAAUGAAGAAAUCAACUUUCACUUACGUGGCAAUCUGUGGCUGGAGUCACUGAAAGCACUGAAGUUCAGGUCCCUGAAGCUCACGACGAAUGCAGCUCUGCAGCGACGGUUUCGCAGCCCCUUCAUCUUUCGGGAAGAGGACCCCAGUCGCCAGGUAACGUUUGAAAUCUCCAAGCAAGAAGAGUCCCAGAUCCCGAUCUGGAUCAUCCUUGGCAGCACGCUAGGAGGGCUCCUGCUACUCGCGCUGCUUGUCCUGGCUCUAUGGAAGGGCAUGACUGACUAGAUUGCACUUCCCAAGAGGGCCCCUUCUCAGGCAGCUUGGAUUUUUUAAAAGUGCCAGUCGCAAGAGAGAUACAGAACAGGAGCAGAAUGCCAAAGUAUUAGAAUGAGGCUUCCUCAGCGAGGGCCUGUGAAGCUCAUCUAUCUAUCAUCCUGUUCCUAUUAAUUUACAGCUUAUGGAGUAUAUGUUUGUCUUGAUGCUGAGGGAUGUGGGUGUGGAACUCCGUUUGCAUCGAGAUGAGAAUACACCCCUUUGUGUGAAAUUAUCUAAGUAAAAGCUAUUCGCUGGCUAUAUGCCACGGGAGCACAAGCAUCAAAAGGUACUUCAAACUGGUUUUAAAUAGCUCUGUUCUGCCUAGUCACAGGCAGCUGUGCAAAUCUGAGAGAGAGAGAGAACGAACUAAGGGCAAUAACAGAAUCGGGGUGGUCAUUAUGAUUAAUUUUUUUAUGCUGGGGAUUGCAAGUUUAAUGACAUGCUACAGAUCUAAAAAACAAGCGAGUCAGAUUAAUUGUGAGAGCUGUGAGAUUAGGGUGAAAUCUCAGGAGAUUUACAGUAGCUAAUUUUCAUGCCUGAGUUGUAUAAAAUCCCACUGAUUAAUUGCAUCUCCUGUUCUUGAACUUCUUAAUCGGCAUUAUGGAUGGGAUCUGAGAGACUUUCUAGCUAAAAGACAUAGAAAGUCUAGUUCCCAACUGUUAAGCUGUAGCAACAGUAAACCUGCAUUUAUUGUUUGUUCAUUUAAAUGGCCUCACGCACUGUGGGUAAUGUCUGUUCAAAAUGUAGUGUUCAAAAUAGUUGGAGGGGAUGGACCUUGUGCAGAGCACUCUUGCUGCUGCUACUGCUACUAAACAGUACUUUUGAGAUACCUCAUAGUAAAGGUUAACAUUUGGAUUAUUCAAACUAGGCGGACGUGUCAGUAAAAUGCCAAAUGUGAAUUCUCCAAGUGCAUGAUUUGCCUGAGGAAAUAAGAUUUCUCCAGUGAGGAAGAAAGAGACAAAAAAUCCUGUCCAGAUAGUAACCAGAUACAUUGAACAAAUUACUCAUUUGUUAAAUUCAUGUUGUGCAUCAACAUUUAAUAAUGCAGGGUUCAGUGGAGCCCCCAUUGAAGCAAAGCGGAGCUGGCUCAGGCCAAUACAAAACCACAGAUCCCCAAGUGUAUUACAUGUUCUGAGUGGCGAGUUUAAUACAGAGAUUUUAAUUUGCUUUCUUUUUAAUGCACUGAAUACAAUUAAUAGCAAAUUAAAGCACCUUAAUUCAAAACUUCAGUGUCCAGCUGUAUAUACUUAUUCUGAAAAUAUUUACCUGUUUAAACACAAAAAACAUCAAAAAACCAGUUUGAAGUGUUUUCUACAAACUGUGCAAUUUCAAAGAGUAUACGUGCAACAGGAAUCCAAUCAUGUAUUAUAAUUGUAUAUACUUUGUGUAAUGCAGAGAUGAUCAGUGCUGUUUGACAAAAAUCUUUUCUUUUGCAUAAUAUAAUUAUUUAUGCUAAUAUUAACUUUAUGACUGAAAAGAAAGAAAGCAGACGUCCACCCGAUGUGUAAUAAAGUCUGUUAAAUACUGUUUUUGUAUUUUUUAAGGAUAAAAAAAUACAAUAUUUUUAAAAAUUCAUAGUUUCAACUACCAUUCAGUGCUAAACCAUUUUCACCAAUUAUCAUCUAGAAUUGGAUUGAAUUGUUCACAUGCCUUUAGAAUAGAGUGGAAAGAGGGACUAUGAUUAUACUAUUUCUGCCUUUAUUUAUUUUGACAAUAAAUAUAUUUUCCAGAAUGACUAUACAGAAGCCUUCUUUUAAAGGGACACUGUCAGAUUAAAAAAAAUCACACACAUUGCAGGAUCAGAUCCUUUGGGCCUUAUCGUGUUAAAACUUUCGAUUAUUUAAACUGAAAAGCAAAUCUAAUUGACUUUUUUCUGUUUCUGCUUUUCUUGCAUUUUGCACUUCUCAGCUUGAGCAAGGGAAGCUCUAGUCAGUUUCAUUAUUUCUAGUCAAUUUUACUUGCAUGUUCUCCUGCAGGAGCCCAAGCCUGUAAUGGGGAGGCAACUGCUUCAGGGAGUUGUUUAUUUACAUUUGUUCCCAUUGGCGAUUUUAAACAAAGAAUGGGACUAGCUAUGUUAGUUUUAGGUUUCGUGAAUGAUUAGCAUGGGGGUGCCUGGUUUACAAAACUGAAUGGAGAUUUUUGACCUGACGUUGUCCCUAAAUGUUUCCCAUCACAAGAGUGCAUUUUCUUAUUGAGCUGGAUUAGCUAAAAUCUUGGCCAUUGUACAGAGUUUCAUUUUCCCCCUUUCAUGAGUAAUCAAUUUUCAGAAAUCUUGCAAAAUAAUCUUGUUGAAAGUAUUUAAAUGGAAGGCUGCAUAAAGAAAAUUGAAGUCAUCAAUUCAUCCUCACAUGACCUCUCUCUUUGACCAACAUCAAAACCAACAAAAAAAACCCCAAACCCAACAACAAAAAACAAACAAACCACCACACAUUGUUCAGUAGCUUGUUCAUUUCAGAUGUUGGUGAUGAGAAAAUUAAUUUUCUUUUUCAAAUCCAAAACUUUAGCUUAUCAUUAGCAUUUCCCCCAUAUUUUAAAUAACUUCAAUCUACACGAAAUAGAAAAACCUCAAGGUCAAAAUUCACUGGGGCCUGAUUUUGCACCAUUGAAGUCAACUGGCGCUUUGCCACUUUCUUCGAUGGGCACAGAAUAAGACCAAUAGUGACUAAGGAAGAGUGUCAAUAGAAUACCUAGUAUUGCUGUAGGGUAGGGGUCUUUCCACUGACAACCAAACAGUUGAAACGUAGCAACUUCAUAUUAAUUCUGUUCCUUAAAACCAAAGAAAAUGAUUGUCCGAUCAAUUCUUGUUUAUACUAUACUAAUAAUGGAAAAAUAAAAGCUUUUAUCAUGUAUUCCACCAGUCUCAUAAAGAACAAAAACAGCACGACAAUCUUCAUCGGGAUUGCGAGGCGUCUGGCCGGUGCCUUGUUCUGAGAUGCAUCUGAAGUUCACAUUGCUCGUGUAUAUAGGAAACGUUCCGCUGGCAAGUGCCAGUUACAUGGUUAGCAAGUUUCCAAUUUGAUGGACGUGCUUUGCCAAAACUUGCCACUGCUGUAUAAUAUGCAAACAAUGUGCUUGUACACAGGGUAUGUAAAUAUGCCUCGAAAUGUGCAGCUCUACUUUGUAACACUGAACU